AUGACUGGCGUCAAUGAAGGGCGAGUCUCAUGCAUUGCUGUCAUCUGUGAUGAGGUCCUGCUCCCAUGCGCAGAUCACCGGCGGUCCUUACUCUACUACACAAGACGCCGUCAUAUACAGUAUGUAACCUGUGAACAAUGCUCAACCAUGAAAGCCAAGAGUCGAUACAGUAUGACCAGAACCUGGAACAGAUCAGAAUCAGCCUUACACCACAAGCAGCAACUCAUGGACCCCAACGCGAACGACUCCUCCGAUGAUGGAGGAGAUUUUCCAGCCGCGGAGGAUGCGUUGCUAGAGCUUUUUGAUACGAGUAGUCCCAGGGACCGAUGCGCGGGACCGUCAUCCGAUGAAGUUUCAAGUGUGGUUAAAAAGGAGUCCAAGAUCUCUAUGGCACAUGCUCUGGAAAGUCGAGAAGGUUGCAAUACAUCUAUCUUUCCCAGUCCUGGGCGGCACUUGAAGGUUGUGGCCGGGGUUGCCACUGGAACAGGUACCUGCAAACUUUCAAAAAGCCCUUCUCUAUCAACCGCCAGGCGCACUCGGCAGACUACAGAAUGCGAACGGUCUUCUCCGAGCAUAACGGAGGGCGAACAAUAUUUUCGUCGCAAGGGUACCCUUGAGUCGACUAGCUCCGCUUCUGCACAUGUGAGAGCCAAAGAGCGUGGAUAUUUAGAAAGGGCACCGUGUAGUGGGAAUACGACUGGCAACAACUCUGAGGCCAGUUUGGGGUCUUCUCUUGUGCAUAACUAUGAAAUCUCAGUCCCGAGAACAGGGAGAGUAUCUGAAUUUUAUGAACCGAUACCGCACGUAAUGAGCAACCAGAGUGCUCCUGCUUGCACCACCGUGGGGAGCGUGCAGGAAGGAGGGCUCCAACAUCGAAACACUUCACUAUCAUUGGAUAUGUCACGGGUAAACAGGGUUUACCGGGGAAGUUCGAGAACUAGAGUACAUCGAAGAGAAUCGCCAGUGAAGAACAUAUCCUCUGCAUCGGAUGCGCAGGGUUCUGAGAUCGCAGCUGCUAUUGAGAAGGUGGCAAAUAUCCGAUCGAAUCCACCAUGGAAGAUCAGCUACACAGCGAAAAUCGCAGGUCGCGUCAAAACGAUCGAGACGUCAGCGUCAACUGGUAAAGCGGGGAAAUCAGUACAGAAUCAAACAGGUUGCUUUCUGAAACUUUUCGAAGCGCGCAUAAGGCUUCCGUCUCCAAUCAAAGAGAGACGAAGAGCAUCUGGUGACUGGGAUAUCGAAGAUUCUGGAGAUGAAAGAAAGGAAGAGGAGGGACUAAGAUGUCCGCAGUGUCUGCGAGUGUUGAGCCUGCCGUUGUCGCUUUCUGUGGGUCGUCAGUUUUAUAAGCUACGCGAAAGUGAGGUUGUGAGAGACGAUGAAAUUGUUAUCCGAGAUCCAAUCGCGUUGUAUGAAUUCUGUCGUACGCAUACUGCGGAAGAUGAUAUAAUACCGGCUGGUUUAGCCAUGGGAUAUCCUCGAGAGAUAGACUUCAAAAAUACGCGGCGCCGUGUACGGCAGAUGUUUGCCGAUCUACUAAGGAUUAUUGAAGGAAGGGAAGAAUCCUACUAUAGGCAAUUGGCAUUAGCCCUGUACAAAGAGUUGGGGACGCGGAAAGCUCAAGGUGUAAGAUAUAAGAUGAAUACAAUGAAGGGAAUAUCGUGUGGGUAUUAUGGGAAGACUGGAGCUAGGGUCAUCAUGAAAACUAUCUAUGAUAUGUUUGUAGGCACCGCUGGAAAAACGCCCUAUCUGACUGCAAGGAUGACCGCACCGCAACCCAUCAUCGAAUAUAUUCAAGACGUCCUUGUCCCAGAAGCAGCGAUUCGGCUCAUUAUGGACGAUUGCACCAUUCAUGAUAAGCGCCAAGCUCGGGACAUCCUGACGGCCAGCUCGGACUUCGGAUCCGUCAUGUUCCCAGAUAGUGACGAUGAGCACAGUGAUGCAGAUGAGGAGCCCGACUUGCUGCAUUCACCCAGAGUGGCGUCUGGUAUUACAAAUUCAGAUACCCUAUUCGUUUCGUCUCCGGAGAUGACGGAGGAAGAAAGGCUGACACCGGAUGGCACGUCGCAGGAUCUUACGGGCGAAUGGUCGACAGAUUAUGAUUCAAUCAUAUGGGUUGUUUGA